CACCAAGCAGAUGCUUCAGUAUUAAAAUACGUUGCCAUCACCAAUCGUCCUUCUGUUGCGCUGUUAGUGUGAUACGGACGUUUACUGAGGAAGAAAGAUGAAUUCAUCUGAUGGUAAGGUUGAAUUCUACUCAUAGCCAAGCUUUCUCAUCAAUCAUCGGGCCUUUUAAUGUCAAUUCGUUUGUUUAAGUUCCUCGGUUGAACACAUUUAGGCAUUAACUUGCAAUAUCGAAAAUGUCUGCCGCCCAAACUUGAAUUCGCAGAGGAGAAGAUUACAACUUUUCGUGUAAUAGUUAAUUCAUAUGAGAUUUUUAAUGGAUUUUGAUUUAGGAUGUGAAGCCUGGUUUCGCGUGACGUUAAAUAAUAGAGACAGAGAGUGAGGCACAUGCUGUCACAGAUUUCCAUAAAUAUUUCAUACAUUUUACUAAGCUAUACCCUCUUUGCUUGAAAAUAUUGUCGUUUAAUUUACGACUUUUAUCGCAGUUCUGUUUGCUUUGUGUGUAAUGUAUAUCUUUCAUCUCGUCGUCUUUCAUCCCGCUUUAACGUUUCGGUGAAAGAAUAACUAGACUACGAGUAGUCCCCAUUUUUCUUCAGGGAUAGUAGAGCGAGCGAAACGCGAGCGCGCUUGAAGAUCACCCCACGCGAGAAAAGGCGACACGCGGCGGGGAGAAAUGCGAUUAAAACGCGCCCCCUUUCCCAAGUCGCGCGCGUCUUAUUUUCGCUUUGUUCGUUUUAAUACGUCCCCACUAUACUAUCUGAGAGCCUGGCACAGCUAGAAUUUGCACGGAAGGCAAAUUUGAAAAAUUUUGUUUGAUGUGCCAAAGAUAAAAUUUCUGCAAUGCCUGUUUCCCCGAUGAUAACGUUUUUAAAUCGGCAACCCCGUACAACACAAGGUUAUGUUUUCCUGCUCAGUUCUGACUCGAUCACGAUUUGCAGUAUAACUGAGUAUAAAAGGAACUUAUAAAGUUUUACCGGCUAUAUCCAGCGACUUCGGUGACUUAAGACCAGUAUGUAAGGCUGUAUCUUUAGUGUACACACCAUCGGUUAGUUCUGAUGUCAAGAAAGCCGAUUAGAAAAACCUACGGUAAAAUUAGGCCAAGGUUUAAAGACGUCUUUCUCUUUGAAACAUAAUUCUUGCUUAACAAUUUUUUUUAAUGAUUGUGAAAAUUGUUAGAUUAAUCUUUUAAAUCGUCAACGAUUUUCAUCUGUAAAUAAAUGCACGUUUUUAUAAAAGAAAUAGCUUUGCGGUAGAUUCCAAAGUUGAUAUUGAUCUAGCAAGGUUUCUCAGAUAACCUUAACAUGGUCUUUUCUUCAAAAAUUUAUCCUUCAAGAGUAAAAUUCUGAACACCAAUGCAAAGGGGAGUCAAUUUGUAUUUCUUCUCUCUAAUUAAGUACUUUUGAUCUGUGAGGAGCAAUUUAUGGAUUUACAGGUUCUUAAAGACACCUUAAACUCUUGAAAUUGGAUUAAGGGUUUUCUACAGUUCGAAACAUUUACAAGGUCGUCGUCAUUACGAAAACAAAAAUAUGCCCCACGCAAAUUAAUAACCGCCUGUCAGUGUAGUGUCUGUGAACUCAGAUAUGAUAAAGCAAAUUAUAUUAUAAUAGCCUUAUUAGAACGCCGUACGUGAUUCAUUUGGGCAAUACUGGGCUAUGCCGUUAAAAAAGAUAAAAAAUAAAUAAUUAAUUAAUAGUUAGUCGGAAAUAGGCUGCAACUGAAUGAAAUAAUCAUUGAAUACACUCUUUUUUUUUGAUAAGAAUAUAUUUUAUAAGAAUAGCGAGGCUGAAAUUUGCGAAAUUUUAAGAAUAGUUUAAGAAUAAACCCCAGGCUGAGCCGUUUGAAAAGGGUGUAAUUUUGAUGUGUUCAAAAAUUUAAAUACAGUACAAUUAUAUGUUUUCAACUUAUUCCAUUCUCUAAACGGCAAAACUUGCCAACAAAACGAAAAAACCUGCAAUUACUAUAAUCACCCCAUUAUAUUCUAAAACGGAAAUGUUAUAAUUAAGCUAUAAUUUAAGAAUGAUACAACAAUAUUUUCAGCCUAAAAUCGGCAGAAAAAUAAGAAUAUUCAACCUGGCUGGAGAAACAACGUUCUUAAACAAAAAAGAAAAAAAAGAGUGCAGAGACAAAACAUGGAGAUAUCUUCAAAAUCCAUCUUUUGGGUCCGUGAACAAAAUUCUAUAGUGUGACCAUUAUAUAAGAGUCUCAAUAGGGUUAACCCUCAGUCGUCAAACGGCCUAAGAUUUAACCGUCAACCGUUACAAACGGUUAUUUUUUACCGUCAACCGUCAAAAAUGUACAGUAAUAUUAACCGUCAACGGGUGAGGUAUUGAAAUCUCACUAUUUCAGCUGAUCUUCCAUGGCGGACUUCUGGCUCCAGAAGAAUCUUUGAAGUGGAAAAACCAUGGGCCAAGUUCUCAAAAAUAGGCUUUCUGAACAUUUCGACCCGGGUCGCGCAAGAGCGAUUUUUUUUAACUUCAAAUUUUUUUUUCCUUCGAAUUUUUUUAACUUCAAAAUUUUUGGCGAUAAAAUUUUUGGAGAAAAGAAAAAGGUUCCAAAUUUUAACACGGGUCGCAUUAUACGAAAUUUGCAUUUUCCAAAACUCCAAUGACUGACAUAUAUCAAGACAUACAAGGAUACGUGAUGCUUUCAAGUAUGUAAUGCAAAAGUAGGAAUAGAUGGCUGCCACUGAUCAAUUAUUUUAUUUUAUUCGUGGUGACAGCUUAUUAUCAUGGUUACCUUUUAUUGAAAUAACUAUGAAAAAAAUUUCUCUGGUAGAUUUUUAUAGAUUCUUAGCAACAAGCAAAAUUAUAUUCACAGCUGUAUGUAAAACAAGUUCCUGUUUAUUUUGUUUUCAAUUUUGUCUAUUUUCUGGUACAAGCAUAAAUUGGGAAACUCAUGUCAACUGAGCCAAUCAGAUUCCAUCAUUUCUUGCCUGAUACUCGUGAUAAACGAAUAUAUGAUCUCAACAAAUGUUAUCUUGGAUUCAUGUCGUUGGUGAUAAAUUUCCGUUACCUUUCGUUCACAUUGGUUUGAGUCCAAUUGCUUAUCUCUAUUUUUGACCCAAUAACCAGGUUACAAUUAAUUCAUUACGUGUCGUGCAGGGUUUCAAAAUGUUUUUAAACAUGUAAGAGACUGGAGACUAACUUAGUGGGGCAGGAACGCGUGACGAACCCCUAAGAAUGUCUGCGUGGGAGGCUAAUGAGAUAAACUAAGGACCAAGUCGUGCUACUGCCGUGUAGCACGGCAAGCCUUGCCGUGCUACACGGCAGUACAGCUCGACUUGGUUUCAAACCUCGUGCUACCGCCGUGCCGAACUCAAUUUAUAAAUUAUAAAUACAUUAGAAUAUACUUAAAAGUUUGUUAAACCGUUUCUUUAUUUUUGUGUUUUGUUUUUUGCAACAGCCGUGCCAUUCGACUGUCGUUGUGUGAAUUAAAUUCGACGUCUGAAACCAAGUCGUGCUAGUGUCGUCGUGCUGCAGUGGAGCUACAGUCGAGCCAGCUUAGCAGGGCAGUAGCACGACGUUUGAAACAGGCCUUAGGCGGUUUUUCUUGUUUCUAAUGACUUCUUUAGUUUUAAUUAUGCACAGACUCGACUUUUGUAGACUUGUUUGAGGCCUUUUGCAGUUAAUUUUCAGUUGUUACCUCUUAUGAUCUGUCGCCCUUAAACUUUGCAAUUGGCCAAAGCUAAUUAUUACUAAAUGUAGCCUUUUCUACUUGGACUCCAAUGGGAUCUGCUGUUUUGUGUCAAUUUACCACCAUUAUGCGGUUUUUGAAUUAUCACGAACUUUGCAAUAUGUAGAAAUAGGUGUCAUACACAUUUAUUAUUAAUGAUCAAAUCGCUCGACUGAACAACCUGAGUUUGUUGUAAAGGCUUAUAAUUCACCUUUUGCCAUAUUUGUACCGUAUAUUAAACUUUAUAAUACACUGUUUAUAUAACGAAUUUAAAACAUCUUGGAUUAGUUAAUGAAACUUUUCCCUCGCUUGAUUUACCGACUCUGGUCACGUGCCAUUGAUAAAAAUUUGUUUUGUUUAAUUGAGUCUGUUCUGUUUUUGUUCUGGAAUGAGUUCAAGUGCCGUGCAUGCAUUAUUUUUAUUCAAUUCCUGAAUGACGGCGACGUGAAAAGGGACGUCUGUCGGUAAAACAGUCAGUCCCUGAGUCUUUUGUACAAAUUAUCAUCACCUUGUCUACGGUCAAUCAUGAAUUUUUCCUAUGGCAAGUAGUUCACCUUUUAAAAAUAGGUUAUUUGAUCAACUGUUUCGGACAAUGAAAUGACACGACAUUAGCAAAUGGUUCAGUGCAAGCUAAAACUGACGUCGUAGCGUAAGGACUUACCUACUGUUUCGCGCUUUUCUGAUUUGAAAUCUGCUUAUGAAGGAGAGUAAUACAGAAUUCGCCUCUACUUAAUCCUAGGCUCUCUGUUGUGAGGUUAUUUUCCAUCAAAUUAACGGAAAGCUCAAAAAUAUACUUUUCACUAUUUUGACGCAUGCAACCACGUCACUUUGUUAGUUUUAAUUCCAUGUGGGGACUUUUCUAUCUAUCUAAUCAGUCGCCCGUUUUGUUUUACUCCUGUCGAAAACCCAAGAUGGCGGAUCUAAUUGGCGGCUGAAUCAUGAUGUAACUUACGGUCCUGUGCACAAUUUCGUUAGAACACCAAAAAGACACGUAUGAGGGCCGUACGCCUCAAGAAAAACGCGUGAGGCCCUGAGUGCGAAACGAGGAAAAUGCUGCCAUGAACGCGUUUUUGCUUCGUCAGAAAAUUUCAAAAACAUAACGGUCAUCUGAUAAAAUGCUUAUUGACUGAGUUAGGUCGGGCCGGACGGGAACAUUAAUAAUUCUCUAUUGUUAAACAGAUAAUACAACUGUGGCGUCUUCUACCAGCCUAUCAACUUCACACACCGUGAUCAUCACAGUGCUGUACUCUCUGUCACUCAUUGGGGCCGUGACAGGAAAUUUGCUGUUAAUUUUUAUCAUCAUUAAAAGGCGUGAGACAAGGACGUUAACUGGCUUCCUGUUCGUCAACAUGGCUGUUGCUGACCUCAUAGUGGCGAUUUUUGUCCUGCCUGCUACUAUGUCAACUCCUUAUACCGGAUCAAAGUGGUUGACUGGUCUCUUUGGAGACAUCACAUGCAGAGGAGUUUAUUUUGUCUUUCAUGUUACCAUUUCUGCGUCUAUUUUGAGUUUGAUAUUUAUGGCGAUAGAUCGCUACUUGACCGUGCUAUUUCCUUUGCGAAAUUUCACCACAUUUCGACGUCCCAAACUCCUAACUCUUGUCAUUUGGCUGGUGUCUGCGAUAGUCAUGGUCCCGGUAGCCGUUAUGUGGACCGUGAAUCAACAUGGAAAUUGUGCAGCAGAGUUUACCGUGUUUGGAACUGACGAAAUGCAGGGUAUGCGUGGAUACUACCUAUACCUUUUCCUGUUGUUCUACCUAACCCCACUCUCUGUGAUAUCUGUGCUUUAUGGCCGUGUUUGCUUCAAAUUGUGGCGCCGACAGAUGCCUGGAUUGGUAACUUCAGAAACCGAGCGACGCAGAGGGGCAACAAAACGAAAAGUGGUGCGCACUCUUAUCAUAAUCACCGCUGUCUUCGCUGUUUGCUGGCUCCCAACUCAAGCAUAUCAUCUCAUUCUUGGAUUUGACUACGGACUUCAUGAACAGUUGCCUCAAAUUGUAAUGUACAUGUGUUUUUGGCUUGGGCAUACCAAUAGCGCCUUUAACCCAUGGCUUUACAUGCUUUUAACUGAUAAAUUCCGCAGGGUCCUGCGAGAUUUCAUUCAUUGUAAAUUUUCCAGUUUGGGUCUCAGGCCAGAGACGUCGGUAAAGUACACCCAGAAUACUUCUGUCAGGGAUAACAGCCAUGUGAAACGACCUCCUUCAACGACUCGUCUGCGUGGAAAUGGCCUGCUUAAAGCCAGCGACGAGGAGGAAACUCCCAUAUGAUCUGACAAGGCUAGCUCCGAUCAUGUGAGCAUUUCAUCAUUUCAUCCUGCUUAUAAAAAUCUGUUUCAUGGGAUACUUUUGCAUUGGGGUGUUUCACUUCUCUUUUGUAAAAGAAAUAUAAUACGAAUCAACCUGAGUGAGAGUUAAAGAGCGCUACAAUAUCAGAUCAGAUCGAGGUUCUCAGUGGU